AGGUGUCAAUGUGGGACGUAUUAAUAAAUAGAAAAUAAGGUUCGUUUACUAAAGAAAACAGUUUUUUUUUAAUUAAAUAAUAAUAACUUUGCUAUAAGGAAGAAUUUUGUUUGAAAGAAUGAGUCAGAGGAUUCACAAGGAACGGCAUCAGCCGGAAUCAAGAAAGCAACUGGGAAUUCUUGAAAAGAAAAAGGACUACAAAGUACGAGCGCAACACUACAAGGAAACACGUGAGACGAUAAAACUCCUGAAAAAGAAAGCUCUCAAUAAGAAUACCGAUGAAUUCUAUCACCAUAUGAUAAACCAAAAGCCUAAGCGAGACUUUGUUGACAUCGGUGAGAGAAAACCCAAAGAGAAGGUCACGGAUGAGUCUCUUCUGCUUAAGACACAAGACCUCAAGUAUCUCACGUCUCGUAGAACGAUUGAAACAGCUCAGGUGAACAAGCUAUCAUCGCAACUCCAUAUCGUUGACUCCAAAACCAUCGGGAACAAACACACUUUCUUCGUGGACCAAGAUGAAUUUGAGGACUUUGACGUCGCUAAAAGACUUCGGACACAUCCACGUCUAUUGGGAAAUAAAACAAAUCGAAUGACAUUUGAACAAAUUGAGCAAAUUGGGGAUUUGGAAUUGGCAGAACAAGACAUUGAAGCUGUGAAUAAUCUCAAGAAAAAAUCCUACAAAAAACUCCAAGAAAGGAUUAAGCGUGAAAAGCAAAUUGUUGAGGCGCACUUGAAGCUUGCCGAUAAGGUAUCACGGGAGAAGAAACGCCUAGUGGAAGAUGAUGAUGGAAAACCAAGAAGAGAGCCAAGCUAUGUGAGAAAGAAGUAAAAGGGGCAGUCUUACCUUAAUGUUUUUUUUCUUCUUUUUGUUGAAAUUCAAUAAACGCUCUUUAUCCACUUGA